GACAGAGCAGGCACAGUGACGUCGAGACUCUCCUCUCUAAAUGCAUCAAUUCAACUUGGCACCAGUGGCUGUGAUCUCAUUUAGGACCAACUAUGUUCCAUUCUUGUUGAGUAAAUUUAUGUUCUUCUUAAUACUGUAAUCGUAGUUACCCCCACGUGAAGUCGUCCCAAAAGAUGGACGAGGACGGCAUUCUUCAAGCGCUCGAGCAGCAAGCUCUUGCCGAGAAAAGACGGAAAAAGAAGGAGAAGAAGCUGGGAAAAAAUGGCCUUGUUGCAGUUCGUGUCCCUUUAAACACAGGACUCGGGCCCCCAAAGAACAAAGAGCAGGAGUUUUCUACUAAAGUGGCUCCUGCAUCUAGUACAAGUACAACAACUGCUGCUGCAGGCUACAAUCCUUGUAAAAGAGGAGGUCGAGCUGCUACGACCAAUAAAGUAAAUCACGAUGCUCCAGUAACUGAUGACCUCCCACUCCUACCAGUUGGAAGAUCGCCUACAACAACAGGUGGCAGGAAAACGAAAACUACUACUACUACUACUUCUGAUCUCAACCCCAUUGAGAGACAAAUACUAGAUCGAGAACGUUUACUGACGAGCUACAGUGUUGGUUUCCGAGAUCGAGAAGGAAGGAGCAGGAAGGAUAAAGACUUGAGGAUGUUGAACACGACCGGGAACAAGGUUGUAAAUCAAGAGAACGACGACCUCCACGAUAAUCGCCAUGAAGAUGACGACCACCUCGAUCGUCUCGUAGAUGAGCGACUCCGCAACCUCAACGCGGCAGGAGAACGUAAGAGGGCUCGCGACGAAGCCGACGAAGAGAGCGUCGUUUUAAGUGAGCCUUCUUUAGACGUGCAACAGCGAGAACAGAGUGGAUCCAGAGCAGGUGGUCGUAGUAGGUCUGCAUCCUCUGGUGGAAGGCAGAGAUCAUUGUCUAGAUCUCGCUCUCGUAGUAAAACGAAGCCACGAAGAAGGUCUAUCAUCUCUCCUAAACGACGAUCAAGAUCCCCUAUUGAGCGCCCUGGAGCAACAGAGCGAAAGACCAACGGCAGAUCUACUAGGUCUGCUAGCAGAGACCGAAAGAACAAGCGACGUUCCUCCUCCAGCAGAGCCCGGAAAAAUAAUAAGAAAGAAGAUGAUCUUCCCAGAAAACGUUCCCCUUCACCUCGACCUCGUUCUGCUCCUCGUAGAAGCCGUUCGCCAGCGACCCAUAAAAACGAGCGUCGACCAGAUGUUUUUAGCCGUCGUGGGCGGUCCAGAUCCCCAGUUUCCUCGAAGCGAAAAAACGAUACCUCCAAUCCUAAUCGUCGACGUUCACCUUCACCGGCGAAAUGGGAGAAGUCUAGUUUGCGGGAAUUGGACAAGCUGAGGAAUUCUAGAAGGUCUCCAAGAGGUAGUAGAUCCCGAUCUCGCAGUAGAAGUAGAAGCCCCAAUAAUGCUACCAGGCGUGGUAGAGGACGUGGUCGUGGAAGUAAAAGCAGGAGUCGAAGCAGAAGCAGGAGUCGAAGCAGAAAACGUUCACGCUCUAGAUCUAGAGACCGUGGUCGUAGAUCCUCAUCCAGAACUACCAGAAGACGGCGUAGACGACGUGACUCUCGUCGCCCCCCUCCACCACCUAAGGGUGCACGAUUCGGGGUCGGAUAUAACGUGACAAAAAUCGAAGAUACAGACCUGUACAAAUUCUUGGACAUGAAGAGGAAAAGUGGCGAGUUUGGAGGUUGUGCUGGCGAAGAUGGGGAGGACGAUGAGGAGGAGAGUAACGGAAGGAAAAGGGGCACUAAAGGAAGCGAAGCUGAAGGCGGUAAGGCGAAGGAUGAGAGGAGAAGAAAACACACUUCAUCUGCUUCAGGUUCCGAACGGGAUGAGGAUCGUAAGGCGAAGGAUGAGAGGAGAAAGCGACGUGGUGAUCGUGAAAGGAGGAGGACGAAAGAAGAACAACGAGAUGAAGGCGCCACUAGAAAUAGUGCAGCUGAGAAUGACUCUGAUCCUCUAGAGAAGAAGCCGGAAAAAGGCUCUCGAAGGAGAAGCCGCGAUGGCAAAGAGACCAAUCGCAAUCAUGACUCCAAGGAUGAGGAGCCAGCGAAAUCAAAGCAGAAGGAGCAAGUUGUUGUGGGGAAAAAACCAACUCGUGCGGAGGAGCGGAAACGAAAGUUGAAGGAACGAAAGAAAGCAAUUUCUGUUGAAGAUAAUGCUGAAGCUGAAGAUAUCGAAUGAGACACUCUCGCUCGUCUCCGUAUUGAACCACACCAACUCGUUGUGAACACACAUACAUUGUCACUUAGAGCUCACUGAUUGGCAUUGGUUGUGAACACACACACUUUCUCAAAUUCAAAGGCGUGCGCCCUUUUCCAAACGACCAAGUGUACUCCAUAACAAAAGCC